AUGGCUGCUCCGCUCUUCAGCUAUUUUGAUAAAAAUAACAACUACAGAGGCCCCUUCACAGCAAAGAGCAUGCAACAGUGGUACGAGAACGGCUUCUUCAAGGGCGUCCUUCAAGUGUUCAUACAUCGCGGUCACGUUGCUAAUCGAUCCACUCUUGAGGAACUUUGCGCACAAAAAGGAGACGUCACCCCAUUUCUCUUUCUUGUGCCUCCACAUCGCACUGAGAGUGGAUUUCUCGAACGUCCUCCUGGUUUUACCGUCGAGGUGGGUCUAAUCAGUAGUUGA